AUGGGACACAACUUAGUCGGUCUCGAAAACCCUGGAAGGAUUUUGUCCGGAUUCAACGGGGCAUCAACUAUCUCAUUGGGAGACAUUGUGCUACCAGUCCAAGCUGGCCCAGUCACUCUCAACGUUCAAUUUUCGGUAGUACAAGAUCUAUCACCCUUCAAUGUUAUCUUGGGACGCACAUGGCUACACUGUAUGAAGGCCAUCCCCUCCACAUAUCAUCAGAUGGUAAGCUUUCUCACUGAAGAUGGGCAAACCAACCUAUACGGCAGCCAGCUAGCCGCUCGCCAAUGCUACCAGAUAGCAAGAGAAGCAGGGACCAGUCGGGAGAAUGAACCCCUCCCCGAAUCCACCCAUGCGCUCGACCAAUAG